AUACGUGUAAAGUGUUUGUUUUGUUCGCUGGUCAAACCAAAACAAAAAAAGACGUAAUUCUCAUUUCGCAACACUUUCCUCAGUUAGAAGCCUAUUUUUCCGGAUAGUUUUCCCAAAUAUAGCCGUUGAUUUCAUCGAACUGCAAAACAUGAUAGCCGGUGGUCAUGGUGACCCUAAUCCGAACAGCUCGUGGAUGGACUCGAGAGGAUUGUGGCUAACUUAUGUGCUCGGUAUCAUCAGCUUUCACAUUGUUGUCCUUGCUGUACCGUUCAUAAAUAUUCCGUACGCCUGGACGAUCACGAACAUUGCUCAUAAUUUGGCACAUCUAUAUUUUUUGCAUUCCAUCAAAGGGGCACCCUGGAUGAGCAUCGACACGGGUGACUCACGGAAAUACACACAUUGGGAACAGAUCAAUCAUGGGGUGCAAUUUACAGCCACCAGAAAGUUCUUAACGGCAGCUCCCAUAAUACUAUUUCUGUUAACAUGUCUCUACACCAGAAACGAUACCGAUCACUUCAUUGCGAACUUUAUAUCACUAAUCGUGGUGCUAGUACCGAAAUUACCCCAAUUCCACGGAGUUCGCCUCUUCGGAAUAAACCAGUACUGAAGCGUUUUCGCUGUGAGAUGCGUGAGAUUUUUGAAUGUUUGAGAUGGGACACUAUUUUACUCGUUGAUAUUUCAACAAAUUGGAGAGACAAAGUAGGAAAAUGAAUAGCUUACAAAGCACACGAGAGAAAACUGAAGAUAAUACUGGAACAGGGAAUAGUUUGACUAUAUAGUGAAUAAUCUCAUUGGUAUCAGCAGAUCUAUAAACGGGGCGACCAAAUGCUGACACACUUGACACAGCGAGCGGAUUGAAGAUGAAAUCAUUGUUUUGAUGUUGUGAAUUUUAUUUCUCGAUAAUAAAUGUGCAUGCUCCAAGACAAA